ACGAGUAGGAGGCCUCRACAAUCAAGGAAAAACAACCUAAUACGACUUUUAAUUCAACAGCUUAAAAAGAAUUCUCUCUCUGUGACGAAGCAAACCUGGUGUUAUCKAAGGUGUUGAUUUAAUCAAAACAGUAUGUGGAAAGUAMAGUGAAUGAGCGUUUGUCCAUCGAAAUAACCCAGCUUUCAAAAGAGCUGUUGUCGAUCGAUUCAACUCUGAUCUCUAAAUGGCAKCUUUUCUCGUGAAUAAACGAUGAUGAUGAAGCAAAAACGAUAAAGAAGAUUGUGUUAUUGGUAAAUUCAUCCAAAUGUCUGGUUGUCUAUCACAUAAUGACUCCUCGCUAUGCAAUUCCACAGUCCUGACCACCUCAAGCCCCACACCAGAAACAACAGCCAAGUAUCGCCUACAAGGCGUUGUCGGAUGGGACGAUGCAACAUGGGUGCUAUCAAGCUCAUUUAUAAUUUUUACGAUGCARUCGGGUUUUGGGCUUCUUGAAUCGGGCAUGGUUUCCAGAAAAAAUGAGGUCAAUAUCAUGGUAAAAAAUGUUGUUGAUGUCAUUUUUGGUGGAUUUUCUUUCUGGAUAUUCGGGUAUGCCUUGGCAUUUGGCGAUGGACCAAACAGCAACCCGUUUUGUGGAACAGGUCGAUUUUUCACCAACGCAGAAGAGUCUGAAAUGGGCAACAUAUUUUCAAAAUUCUUUUUCCAGUUAUCAUUUGCAACAACAGCCAUCACUAUCGUGUCUGGUGCAAUGGCAGAGAGAACAAAGCUCGAGUCUUACUGUGCAUUCUCGUUUUUUGGCACGUUUAUUUAUUCUAUGCCCGCUCAUUGGCUGUGGUCCAAAGAGGGCUGGCUAUCGCAGCUUGGAGCCGUGGAUAUUGCAGGCAGUGGUGUAGUGCAUGUUGAAAUAUCCGCUGUUAACACACUUAAUUCUUCCAUUGGUGGUGGCAUAUUUGCGUUUUUCUACAGCUAUAUCUUGUACAACAGAAAAGUAGAUGUCACGUACUUGAUAGUUGGAAUUCUUGGCGGUCUUGUCUCAGUUACAGGUAUCUGUCCAAUAGCUCAUCCUUGGGAAAGUCUCUUAAUUGGCAGUGUUGGUGGAUGCUGUGCUUGUUUUGGUCGUAUUYUGAUGUUCAAGCUCAGAAUCGACGAUCCGACCAGCUGUAUUGCAGUUCACACAUUGUCAGGAAUAUGGGGACUUCUUGCUGUUGGUCUGUUCAUCGAGGAAGAUCAGUUAGAGACCUUUUCUGUCUUUAAGGGAGUCUUCAAAGGAGGUAAUGGCUAUCUUCUUGGGGUUCAAAUGCUUGCAGUGGUUUCUCUUGCUGCCUGGAGUGCUGUCACCGCGGCGUUAAUUCUGUUUGCAAUCAAAUACACAAUUGGACUUCGCAUGACAGAAGAAGAGGAGAAACUAGGGGCMGACUAUGUGGAACACGAAAUGGAUUUCAAAAAAGGCAACCAGACGUCACGGCAAAAUGCACUUAAAGGUCUCAAUCAGUUUAUACGGAAGAAGAUCGAGCCGUCGCGAAGUCCAAGUCCAAAGAAAAGAAGCGAUUUUGGCGUUGAUGUCAUUUCGAAGGCUUUCACUAUCAAAAUYGAAAGAGAUGAAAAAGAAAUGACAAUCGAAAGUGUAGGUUCCGAGCGUUCUUMUUCUUAUUCCCUACUUCCUGGGCUGAAUCCGAGUCUUCGGCAGAAUCUAGCAGAAGAGCGUAAACGAAGACUAGUCGAGGAUGAAGAAAAGAGUGAACGACGAAGAAGUAGGGAUCCAUCGCCUAUUCUACUCCUCCCCAAACCAACGAUGAGUUAAUCGAAUCUUGUGCGACGAYAUUAGAAUCAGUAAACCUGCGCAGUAAAUAUCAAUAAUUUCAUGGAAGGUGCUACUUCUACGGGAUUUUAUUCAGAAGUUGUUUGCAGCAUACAACGAACGAUCGAGAAACGAGCGAAUGAGUUUAUGAUACAAACAACGCCCUGUAAUCUGUUUAUAGUAUAUAUAACGAGACUGUUUUUAUUCGGCAUAUUUUCUUAAUAUGCUUUUUGAACUAUGCAAGCAACAAACUCACUUUUUCAUCGGUAAACGAGCCCGGAAGCGCUCCAAUUUAAACUUGGUAGGUUAUUUUGUUUAAUAAGUAUGAAUAUGUCAUUUUCUUGUGUGUUUCUACAAUACUUAAAAGAUAUCUCACCCGUUUUGUGUUAAUAGACCAAGAGACGGUUUUGACACCAUUUUGUUUGGGUAGGCAAAAUAACAAGGAUACACUGUGAAAUCGAUGUCAAACAGAAGCUCAUAACCAGAUGGUUAUUCACUUCUGAUGUCAAAUAAUUCCAGUUGAAUUCUCUAUACAUUUCUUUGUAAUUUCCGGGGUCAUCAACUCCUUUUCGUAGUAUCUAACGUUUGAAAUUAAUGAUUCUUUCAGAAUAGGAAUUCAACUGGAAUUAUUUGACAUCGAUUUCACACUGUAUCCUUGUUAGUUUGCGAGACUUUGACUACCCAAACAAAAUGUCGGUAAAAGCCGUCACGUCAACUAUUGAAUGAACUUCUAUAAUUUUGAUUCUUUAAGAUUUUUGUCUUUUUUAUUCUCUAUGUUAAUUUUUGAAUAAAGAAAACUCGUCUUA